AUGGACUCGUUUUCAUCACAUUCAAGUAUGGGAUCUGGGUCACCCCAAAUGUCAACUGAAGAUUUGAAGGACCAGUUAAAGACUCAACUUGCGCAAGCUUAUGCCCAGGAGUUCCUUGAGACUGUGAGGGAGAAAUGCUUUGACAAGUGUAUCACAAAACCAGGGUCAAGCCUGAGUGGGAGCGAAAGUAGCUGCAUAUCUAGGUGUGUGGAACGCUACAUUGAAGCAACUGGCAUCAUAAGUAGAGCUCUUUUCAGUGCACCACGCUGA